AUGCAUGGCACAAAAUUAGCCCCAAAGACAGCGACAAUUUUCGCGAGUUUGUUGAUUUUCUAAACAGUGUGGAAUCAGCUAUGCCAUAUGUUCAAGGCCUACAAACACUCAACGACUGUGUAGAAAACCAAAGGAUUAUUGCCAAACUACCAGAUUGGUUGAGCUCGCGUUGGAACAGAGAAGUUACAAUUUAUCAAGACGAACACAAAAUGUUUCCUGACUUCAGAUAUUUUGUGCAAUUUCUCAACAUGGAGGCUCGAAUCGCAUGCAAUCCUAUUACAUCACUAAAUGUAAUGAAGCCAACUGACCAAGAAAGAACAAAGCCAACAGAACGAGAACAGUCCAAGUUUCAAAGAAAUCAAAACUUAAGUGCUAAGACUUUCACAACUAGCGCAAGUGAGAGAACAAACAUCACAUGCCUUUUCUGUAAGAAGCGGGGACAUACUGUCCACAAGUGACGCAAAAUUAUGGAAAAAACAAUUGAAGAAAGACUCAAGUUUGUACAACAGGAGAAGUUAUGUUUUGGUUGUCUCAAGAAUGGUCAUAACUCCAAAGCCUGUACAUACAGGAGUGUGUGUGACUUAUGUGGAAAACGUCACCCCACAUGCCUUCAUCAAGACCGCGAGAAGAGAGCUCAAGAACAAGGACGAAGUAAAAGGCAAGCAACAAAUGAAACCACUACAGACGAAAACAAAGGAGAGAAAAACCAGCAGUCUGAAUCCAUAGAAAUGCAGCAAGUUACAUCCAACAGAGUUGUUCAAGAGAAAAAGGGAACUCAUACUUCAUCUAUUGUUCCAGUCUAUGUUUCCACGUCAACGGAACCAGGCAAGGAAGUUCUAGUGUAUGCUUUACUGGACAGUCAAAGUGACACAACUUUCAUUUUGCAAAAUGUAGCUGAAAUGUUGUGCAUCAAGAAAGAGCCAGUAAAACUUAAAGUAUCCACAAUAACGUCAAAAACAAAGGUGGUGAAGAGCGAAAGGGUACAAGGACUACAAGUAAGAGGCAUCGGCUUGGACACAAAAAUAAAACUCCCAACAACCUACACCAGAAGUUACAUACCAGCUAAUAGAUCUCAUAUACCUACAUGUACAACUGCAAAGGCCUGGCCUCACUUGGAACAUUUAACAGAUGAAAUGUCUCCUGAGCUUGACUGUGAAGUAGGAUUGUUAAUCGGCUACAACUGUCCCCAAGCCUUACUUCCCAGAGACGUCAUCACAGGCAGUGAAACUCAGCCAUAUGCGCAAAGGUCUGUGUUGGGCUGGAGCAUUAUCGGCUACAGCAGUAAUGACAUUGAUUAUGACCACGAGGAUGAAAUUGGUGUUAGCCAUCGUAUCAUCAUAAAGAAAGUUUUUCCAGCUAUCAAGCCAUCUUUGGAGAUCAAGUCUGAGGUUCAGUUUGUCUGCAGAACUCAGGUUAAAGAAAUUAUCACUCCAGCGGAAAUACUUAAAGUAUUUGAGUCAGACUUUACUGAAAGGUUCAGUGAAGAUGUUCUAAUAUCACAAGAAGAUAUUAAGUUUUUGACGACAAUGAGAGAAGGCAUCAAGCAUAAGCCAAAUGGACAUUACGAAAUGCCAUUACCUUUCAAGGAAGAGAGGCCCAAGCUGCCAAACAACAAAGUAUGUGCAGAACAUCGACUCAGGUGUCUGGAAAAACGUUUUAGGAAAGAUGACGUAUACCACAAGCAUUAUGUGGCCUUUAUGGAGGACAUAAUAGCAAAAGGCGACGCCGAAAAGGUUUCAGAGCCAGAAGGAAAUGACCACACCACAUGGUAUAUCCCUCACCAUGGGGUUUACCACCCACACAAGCCAGGGAAGAUUCGCGUUGUAUUUGAUUGCUCAGCUAAGUUUCAGAAUACAUCGCUGAAUGAGCAUCUACUUACUGGACCAGAUCUUACCAAUACUCUUGUAGGGGUCUUGUCUCGCUUCCGCAAAGGACAAGUAGCCCUCAUGUGUGAUGUGGAGCGGAUGUUCCAUCAAUUUCAUGUUGCACCAAGAGACCAAGACUACCUCCGAUUCCUGUGGUGGGAACAGGGAAAUAUAAAAGCUCCAGUGUCAGUGUUCCGCAUGAAAGUUCACUUGUUUGGAGCUGCAUCAUCACCCGGAUGCGCAAACUUUGGGCUCAAGCACCUGGCUGCAGAAGGAGCAGGAAACUUUAGUGAAGCCACAGUGCGGUUUAUAAAACGCGACUUUUAUGUCGAUGAUGGAUUGACAAGUUUGGACAGUGAAGCAGAAGCCAUCCAGCUUGUCAGAGAGGCAAGAGAACUGUGCAGUGCUGGUAAGCUCCACUUGCACAAAUUCAUCACCAACAAUCGGAAUUUGCUUGACACAAUCCCAAAGCAAGAACUAAUGAAAGGAAUGCAGAAUGAGCAUUUAAAAAGGCUAGGAUGCAAUUUUGUCAUGAACCCACCUGCAUCAAGUCACAUGGGCGGUGUCUGGGAGAGACAAAUACGAACCGUGAGGAGCGUCCUCACAUCCAUCUUAGACCAGGCGGGUGGACGACUGGACUGUUCUUCAUUAAGAACCUUUUUGUAUGAAGUGAUGGCUAUCGUGAAUAGUCGACCAUUGACCACGGACCAUCUCAAUGAUCCUUUGGGACCAGAGCCCCUGACUCCAAAUCAUAUAUUGACGAUGAAAUCAUCAUUCAUCGCACCACCACCUGGAAAGUUUGUAAGGGAAGAUCUCUAUCUUCAGAAAAGGUGGAAGCGAGUUCAGUUUCUGUCGAAUGUAUUUUGGACCAGGUGGAGGAAGGAGUAUUUAUUGAAUUUGCAACAAAGACGCAAAUGGAACAAAGCCAGGAGAAAUGCCAAAGUGAAUGACAUUGUCCUGUUACAAGAUAAUGACACACCAAGAAAUCAGUGGAAGCUGGCAAAGGUAGUUGAAGUUUUCCAAGGAGCCGACGGAAGGGUCAGAAAAUUCAAACUGCUACUCAGUGACACAACAUUGGACAGUAAAGGCUCUCGCACAUGUAAGCCAGUUUAUUUAGAAAGGUCUGUACACAAGACAGUGCUGUUGCUUGAGGCGGAGUAAUUAGUUUAGAUUUCAAUUAGUGUGUUCAAUGUUUGAAGUAAUACCUGUAUGUUAUUGAUGUUUUGCAAGGCUCAUUAAAGGGCCACUUUUCAUUGUAAAUCACACGUUGUGUGAUGGUGGGAGUGUGACUGCAGCUGUGACGGUGUUAUUUUGAAAGGUAUACUUUUAUUUUGAACUAUAGCAAACGAACGUCAUCACUUCCUUAAGUUAAGGACCGUUACGGCCGUUAGGUGGCGCUCGUGCAUUUGAGAGAGGUAUAAGAAGGACAACUGCUCAAGAGAUGUAAAUGUCACUAUAAAAUGUCUAGACACUGUUAAGAGCAGAGUUUGUAAAGUCGUGACUCCGCCAUUGAUUGAGAAGCAGGCUAAAGUGGUGAGUGCUAUUUAUAUUUGGUAUUAACUUUGGUGCGACAGUGCCGCUGAUGUUUAACUGGCGUAUGAAUUUCAUGUAUGAAUUUUCAUGUUAUUUUUUGUACAUUAGUUCUACGAUGUUCCAUGACGAAGGGAAAUAAACAUCUGUAAAAGGAACUGGAGUCUAUGGAUCAAUCGAGUGGCGGUACAGAGGACCUGAAGCUGAUGAAGAAAUAAAGUGCAGUUCUUCCACUAACUCAUUAAUACACCUUUGUGGUACAUUGAAUAUGCUUUCCAUUUUCAACAGCAGGUGGGCUAAUUUUUUUUCAAUUAAGUUUGGCAGUUCUCUCAUUUCUUCAUCUUCAGGAUCUUCACUCACUGUAACCUCCAUAUCCUCGUCAAAAGGAUCAUCCCCAGGGAGAAGUUCUCCACCAUGGCCAUGUCUAAGCCUAUAAUGCUUUAAAAGAUCAGUUUUUCUUGACACUUCAAAUUUGCAAAGUUUACAGGUCCAAUUCAUUUUUAAAACUAAACAAAGCUCUAUUUAAACGGCUUUGAAUUUUUUCAUUACAUUUUGAAUUGUUUAGUGAUUCAUAGCUUUAGUGCUUAAAGCGUGUGCAGCAUGACUUAGAAAAAUAUAUUGCCUAUGAUGUGUUUCUAAAUUGAAGAUGGAAAAACUAAAAAUUUGCUUGCAACCAACUGCACAAAAAUUAUCCUUUGUCUUGGGUUCUAAAGGAUUUUAAAUAUGGUUGAACUGCUUCACUGUUGUUGUCUUAAUAUUAAAUGCUACAAUAUUUUUUACUUUUAAAGUGAACUAAAUGAGAAAAAAAAACACUACACACCACUAUACACACAUUUUGAUAAUUCCUAACUUCAGAAAAUGCCACCUGUCUCAAUAGCAAAACAGAAAAAUACCCAGGCCUACUGCAGCCUUACUAAAAGGAAACUUUUUCUAUGGCGUAUCUACAACUAAUGUGGGUGCCUUAACCUCUCAUAGACACACACCAACACGUAACUUAAAACAGAAACUACUAGCUGGCCAAACUUCAUCAAUGUAGUCCAAACUUUAAAUUUGAACAAAACAAUACACUAAUUUCUCUUACCUUUGCAGUGAUUAAUUUCAAUUAUGUCUGUGUUAACACGAAUUAGUGCAACAUUUGCUGAUACAGUUAGUAGCCGUUAUGAACAAAAUAAAGCAAAAACAGUUACUUACCUCGUAUUACUCCAUAGAAACUCUUGUUUUUUUCUUCUGAUUUUUUUGAUUUUCCAACAGGCAUUAAUAGCAGUCGCAGUCUGGCUCCUCUCUGUACGUGAUUGCAGGAUAAAACCAGAAGCAGGAGCAGAGCAGCUUCUGAAAGCUGUUGAACAUUUGGCUCUAGCUGUGAAAAUUCGGAGAAACGUUUGGUCCUGACAUCUCGGAGACAUCGUACAAUAGAACGUCUUCCCUGUUUUUUUCAAAAUAAAAGCUCACAUUACUAUGAACAUGAGCGGUGCUCUUGUUUUGAAACGGCAUGUUUAAUGUGGCCUUUGAAUU